CUCGGAUAAUAUAGGGUUAAAUAAGUCAACGCCUCAGUGCACAGAAGCAGGAAGCGCCUGCUGUUCUACUACUGAAACCAGGUUUUGUAGGCCACCACCAUGAGGAAGAAGGUUGCUGUGAUAGGAGCUGGAGCCAGCGGUCUGGUAGCUAUAAAAUGUUGCUUGGAGGAGGGUCUGGAACCUACGUGUUUUGAGAGAACAGAUGACAUUGGUGGACUAUGGAGAUUUGAUGAAAAACCUGAGGCGAGCAGAGCAAGUAUUUACAGUUCUGUUAUCAUUAACACUUCCAAGGAGAUGAUGUCUUACAGUGAUUUCCCUAUACCAGAUGAGUUCCCAAAUUUUAUGCAUAAUUCUAAGAUUUUGAGGUAUUUCAGACUCUACACUGAACACUUCCAGCUAACUCAAUAUAUCCGCUUUAAGACCACAGUGUGUAGUGUUAAGAAGCAGCCAGAUUUUGCUACAAGUGGACAGUGGGAGGUCAUCACUGAAAAGGACGGUAAACAGGAGACGGACAUUUUUGAUGCUGUACUUGUCUGCAGCGGUCAUCACACAGAAGCUCAUCUCCCUCUGAAAACAUUUCCAGGUAUUGAGAAGUUUAAAGGACGGUACCUUCACAGUCGAGAUUAUAAAAACCCAGAAGAAUUUCAAGGCAAAAGAGUCAUCGUCAUUGGGAUUGGAAACUCUGGUGGAGACAUUGCUGUGGAACUGAGCAGGACGGCUUCACAGGUGUUUCUUAGUACCAGAAGAGGAUCAUGGAUUUUGAACAGAGUAUCAGAUUAUGGUUAUCCCGCGGACAUGUUGUUCCUUACACGUUUUUACAAUACAAUGAAGCAUGUCAUACCCAGUUCCCUUUUGAAUACCAUUGCUGAGUCCAAGUUAAAUAAACGGUUUGACCAUGCAAAUUUUGGCCUAAAACCACAACAUCGUCUUUUUAGCCAACAUCCUAUGGUGAAUGAUGACCUCCCAAACCGAAUUAUUGCUGGCACUGUACUCGUGAAGUCCAACGUGGCAAAGUUUAAGGAAAAUGAUGCCAUUUUUGAUGAUGAGUCGGUGGAAAAAAAUAUUGAUGUUGUUAUAUUUGCCACGGGUUAUAGCUUCAGCUUUCCUUUUUGUGAGGAGCUUAAAGUCCAGAACAACAAGGUCUCGUUAUACAAAUACACCUUCCUACCAGAGCUCGAGAAGCAAACACUCGCCGUCAUUGGCUUGAUACAACCACUUGGGGCAAUUAUGCCCAUUUCAGAACUACAAUGCCGACUUGCCACAAGAAUCUUUGCCGGAGAAAAAUUGCUGCCAUCUGCUAGUGACAUGAAAGAAGAUGUCAGAAAAAAGAGAGAAGAAAUGGCGAAACGCUACGUUUGCAGUCAGCGGCACACUAUACAAGUCGACUACAUGGAAUAUAUGGAUGAACUGGCAGAAUUGUUAGGGGUGAAGCCAAACCUGUUGAGUCUCCUCGUAACUGAUCCCACGCUUGCCUGGAAUGUUUAUUUUGGGCCUUGUACACCAUAUCAGUAUCGGCUAUCUGGACCUGGGAAGUGGGUUAAAGCUAGGCCAGCCAUCUUAAAUCAAUGGGAUCGAGUUAUGAAACCAAUGAAAACUCGAUAUGUAGAACAAACCUCACACUUUUCUCUCUUGCAUGUAUUCAUGGGGCUAUUGGUACUUUUGACUGCAAUAUUCUGUUAUUAAUGAUUGAGGACAGUCCUGUACCUCCCUAUGUAGAAAUGAAAUGCAUUGUCCAUGUGUAAUUACAUGCCUGUAGAUUAAUGGCCCUGAACCUACUGAUGGGUUCGCUUUACCACCAGUGUCAAAGCCAGAGAAAUAAAGGGUGUUUUACUUGCCUAUUCACAGAAUUAAAGCAGUCUCUGAUAAAAAAAAAUAUAUAUAUUUUUUUUCCUGUAAUACAAAAAAAUGCAUAUAAAAAAAAUCCAUCAAUCAUAACUUGAUUUCGUUUGCAUUUUGAAAAGAGUAGUUAAAGGAGUUGUCCAUAGCCCCAAUGGUCCUAGCGUGUAACCAAU